AUGCCAACUCACUUCAGACAAUUCAGUAAUGUUAGAAUUAUUGUAGACUGCACAGAAAUACCUGUUUCCCAGCCAAAUUGCCUUCAGUGUGCACUGAGGUGCUAUUCUGUGUAUAAGACAUUCACAUGCAAAUACAUGAUCACUGUAACACCGGGUGGUGUGAUUGCUCAGGUGACACAAGGUUAUGGUGGUCGUAUCUCGGACAAAACUAUUUUUGAGCAAAGCAAGCUCCUUGAUAACCUCGAUCCUGUGUCAGACGCAGUGAUGGCAGACCGUGGCUUCCUCAUUGAUGACUGUUGUGCAGAAAGGCUAAUUGAACUAAUUCGGCCACCUUUAAAGAAAGGGCAACAAAUGACAAAAGGUGAUGCUGUACGUACUCAGAAAAUAGCAUCAGCAAGGGUGCACGUUGAGCGUGUCAUUCAGCGCAUGACAAUUUUCAAAAUUUUGUCUACAAGAGUUCCAUGGAGAAUGGUAGGACAACUAGAUAACGUAAUGACAGUGGUUGCAGGGAUCACUAACCUGUCAGCAUCUGUAUUUGCCCCCCACCGCUUUUUAUAG